CUCUAGGCAACAGAAGAUUUGUUAUUUUCAUAUCGAAUAUCUUGUUUUACCGUGACGGUCGGAUUAAGGAUUAAGCACAAAUCAUCGAUUUCGACCUUGAAAAUGGUUCGUGAAUGCAUUGAGGAGACCUUAGGGCCAAGGAGAAUGACCAAAAAGUCCAUCGUUGAUUCGUGCAAGAAAAACAAACUCUACGUUACACCUCACCUGAACGAUAUUCUCUAUCUGCACUAUUCCGGAUAUAACGCAAUUGAAUCGCUCGAAGAAUACGUUGGUUUAAAGUGUCUCUGGUUGGAGUGCAAUGCAAUAUCGGUCAUCAGUGGGUUAGAGACCCAAACUGAACUGAAGUGUUUAUAUUUGCAGAAUAAUUUAAUCGCGAAAAUAGAAAAUUUACACAGCUGCAAAAAGUUGGAUACUCUCAAUUUGUCGCAUAAUCACAUCAACAAGAUUGAAAACUGCGGCCACGAAAUACUUCCCGUCCUUAACACGCUUAACAUAUCGCACAACUAUUUGAAGACAGCGGAUAGUCUAGAACAAUUACGUUACUGUCACUACAUCUCAGUACUGGAUAUUUCGCACAAUAGAAUCGAGGAUAUUGCAGUUGUUAAGAUCUUAGGCGACAUGAAGGAACUACGUGUUCUUACCAUGACUGGAAACCCAGUUGUGAAUGAGAUUCCAUCCUAUCGGAAGACCCUGAUUCUGGAAUGCAAAUCCUUAACGUACCUCGACUCUCGCCCAGUAUUCGAUCGCGAUCGAGCAUGUGCCGUAGCUUGGAAACGUGGUGGUUAUGAAGCAGAACGGAAGGAACAUCAACGGUGGAAAAAGGACGAACAAAGGAAGAUUCGGCGGAGCAUUAACGCUACACUUCGUUUACGUCAUCGUGGCGAUGGAGAGCCAGAGUUGUUGAAAACAAGCAGCGACGAAGAAGAGAACGAGAACGAUCCUGCUAAAAUCGACCAAGGCGCCGCAGAUCUGCUAGAGAUAAACGAAAAAAGCAAUGAGCAAGCAUGGGACGAAGUGGACCGUCUAAUCUGCGAUACACCCAGUGUCGGAAGCUCAACAGAUAUUUUCCGACGGUUUGCCCCGAAUAAAGAUCUGAUUGUCACUCACGGGGAGAUAGCAUCUACAGAUGAGGAAGAAAAUGAAGACAUACAAAACGAACAACCUCCACAGGUUAUCGCAUAUUCACAGCCCAAGAAGAAGUUGAUUGAGGAAAUUCCUUCCGAAGAUGAUACCGAUGGUGCAGACCAAAAAGAGAAUAGCCUCGAUAUAUCUGAGGUAGAAAACAAGCAUAUCGUGGAGUUGGUAAAGCCACCACAAUCUUUGAAUGCAGAAGAGCCAUUUAUCUCCCCGUGUAAACUCGAACAUGAAGUAAUGCCUUCGAUUGAACAGCAGCUGUUGGUUCAAGAACAAACUACGGUAGGCGUAGGUUUGAAUAAGGAUUCUAAAGGUGACCUACAUGAAACGGAACUAUCCAAUAAUUUAAUCAAUAAAACGGACGAAACAGAAUUGGAAGAUGACACUCUUAAUAUAGUGAUCGAAAACAAUGAACAAAUCUUGAUCACCUUAGAGUCUACAAAGGGGGAGCUGAUUGGUCAUGUUGAGCCUCAAAUCUCUUCAACCGAAGGCAACAGAAGCGAAAUUUUCUCCUCCGAGAACGAUGACAAUUCUGAGUCAGAACCGGUCAGCGUAAGAAACGAUGACAUUGAAUGUAAAAGCAACAGCGAUUCGGAUACGGAUUCCGAUAUGUACGACAAAAUCGUCCCCAAGAAGCACGACAAGUUGGCUAUAAACUACCGGUCAGAUUUGUCUAAUUCUAGUACUGAUUCCGAGGAGGAAGAUCAAAUGGAUCGAUUCCCGCAAUCUUUGGAAAAGGAAAAAUCGAUUGCCGAUUACAUCGAUGGGUAUAAAAAGUUCUUCCGUUCUGUGAAUAUAUUGGAUCCUAAGCCGGAAGAGAAAGAAAAGGGUCUACAACUAGAUCGACCGGAAUCCGAUCGUACAGAGCCCCGCGUCUAUGACGGUGUUUUCAAGUCGAUGGAGAAAAAUUCUAAUGAGGCAAAAAUUUCGCAAGCCAGAAUGGAAGUGGCGGAAUCAAAGGAAAAACUCAUUGAUCGGUUGCUCAAGCAGCAAACUUCUGUUGAUAUGGAUCUGGAACGGCAAAGUUUCUCCAUCGGAGGAAAAGAAUAUAACUUCAGCGAUUACAGACUGGAAACGUUCCGAAAGGAUCAGGACAAGCUUCAGAGUUUGAUUGAUAGAGUAACUGCCCAGAAGGAUCGUUACAAUGCACGGAUUGAUCAAAUCCAUGAACAGUUGGCUAACAUUAUGGAUGAUUACGGGUUGAUUGGCGAGAAACUUCGAGAAGUCGAUGAUCUUAUUCAGAGUAUUGGCGAAGACACAAAGGCUUGUCACUCGGAUGAAAGUAUCCCACAAAAGAAUUUAGAAAAUGAUGACGCAAAAAAUGAAAUCAAAUUCACAAUGGAACGUGAAAUAUCUCAGAUCGAAACAAUAGUUGCCCAGCAAGUUAUUGAAAAAAUGACUUCUGAAGUCAAGGAUCAAUCCGUCAAUGAUUCGACAUCAGAAUCAAAUAACUCAUUCGAAUCUGUCUUGAACGAUUAUUCUGAUGAAGAGCAGACUUCGAUGAUUAGACCGGAUCAUAAUCUUUUGGAACUCCUGGUAGCUCCAAAGCAAAUACCGUUUAUGGAACCGGAAUUCGCGCCCAAUAUGGAUAAUGAAUACACCCAGGACCCACUAUUUCGAAAAUUCAUAGAGAUUCAAGAAGAAAUAGAUCAACUGACGGAUGAUGAGAUCUACAAUAUAGUUACGGAAGCUGCUGAUGAACUUUCGGAUGAUUCGUCGGUUGUUAACUGCUGGAACAGUGACGUUGAUCAGUAUUGGAAAAGGUAUGAAAAUAUUGAUGAUUUCCGGAAGAACAUAAAUCUGGAUUCCCAUCCAAUAAUACAAAAGUUCCGACAAUUCAUCCAAUGUCACUGUAAGAAACAGAAUGAGACCGAAACAGUUGCUAACCUGGACAAAGUAUGUCGGAAACUGGAGCGGUGUUUAUCGAAUCAGAUGUUUGAUGAGUAUCUUGAGUUGAGUCGCAAGGCGAGUGUCGCUACCAUUGGAGGAGAGACAUGUGCAAACGAAAUGGAACUAAUCGAAGUCGACGAAAAUGUUAAAGAGUGCUCUUCGGAGGGAUUGGACAAAUGUGUGGCUUGGGAGGAAACUAAUGAUGCUGAAACAAAAGUAACGGAACUUCAAGAUUCAAUCCCAAAUGAGUUGGAUGCGGAAGACGCGGAGUCGAAACCUGUUGGUUUUAUUGAGGAUUGUACUGGCGAUACCAAACAAGAAACAACCGAUUAG